AUGGCGGAGUUGGAGGGCCUCGAGUUUGGAAAGUCGGACUUUGUCCUCUUAGAUGAAGUCACCAUGGAGCAGUUCAUGGAGAAUCUUAAACUGAGAUUCGAGAAGGGCCGCAUUUACACCUUCAUCGGUGAAGUGGUGGUGUCGGUCAACCCUUACAAACAGAUGGACAUCUAUGGGAAGGAUGCCAUAGACGCAUACAGGGGCAGGGAGCUGUAUGAGAACCCCCCACACCUGUAUGCAGUGGCAGAUGCUGCUUACAAAGCCAUGAAAAGAAGAGCCAAGGACACCUGCAUUGUCAUCUCAGGUGAGAGUGGAGCGGGUAAGACAGAGGCCAGCAAGUACAUCAUGCAGUACAUCGCAGCCAUUACCAACCCCAGCCAGAGGGCAGAGGUUGAGAGUGUGAAAAAUGUGCUUUUGAAAUCUAACUGUGUGCUGGAGGCUUUUGGGAACGCGAAGACUAACCGUAACGACAACUCCAGUCGUUUUGGGAAGUACAUGGACAUUAACUUUAACUUCAAUGGAGAUCCUACAGGUGGCCAUAUCAACAACUAUUUGCUGGAGAAGUCACGGGUUAUACAACAACAAGAGGGAGAGCGAAACUUCCAUUCAUUUUAUCAGCUGUUGCGGGGAGGCUCCGAUGAGCUGAUGGGAUCGCUACACCUCCAGAAUGACCCAACACAUUAUGUCUACACAAGGCAGGGGGCUGCCGUCUCCACGGCCUCUACUGAUGACCGCGCAUGUCACAAGGCAGUCAUGGCUGCUCUUAAAGUUAUUGGUUUCACUCAGGAAGAAAUCGGCUCCAUUUACAAGAUCCUUGGGACUAUUCUUCACCUGGGAAACUUGGAGUUUACAACUGAUGGAGAGAAUGUGCAGCUGGCUAGCGAAGACUGUAUCAGACACAUUGCUGAUCUUACAGCCACCGAGUAUGAAAACGUGAAAAAGACUCUGUUGUUCCGUACAGUGGCCACUGGGGGUGGUGAGGUUAUAGACAAAGGACAUAGUGAAAACGAGGCAACCUAUGGCCGAGACGCCUUCGCUAAGGCUUUGUAUGAGCGACUGUUCGCUUGGAUUGUCAGUCGAAUCAAUAAUGUCAUUGAGGUGAAAAACUACAACCCUGCCCUUCAUGGCAAAAACACAGUCAUUGGUGUGCUGGACAUUUAUGGCUUUGAGAUCUUUGACAACAACAGCUUUGAGCAGUUCUGUAUUAACUACUGUAAUGAGAAGUUGCAGCAACUUUUUAUUGAGCUGAUCCUGAGACAAGAGCAGGAGGAAUAUGAGAGAGAAGGCAUCACAUGGCAACAUAUUGACUAUUUCAAUAAUCAGAUCAUAGUGGAUCUGGUGGAGCAGCCCCAUAAAGGAAUCAUCUCCAUCCUGGAUGAGGCCUGUCUAACUGUGGGAAAAGUCACUGACACGGUCUGCCUGGAGAGCAUGAACAACAAACUUGGCCAGCACCCUCACUACACCUCCCGAAAGCUUUGUCCAACUGACAAGACCAUGGAGUUCCAUCGAGACUUCCGCAUCAGACACUAUGCUGGAGAUGUCACAUAUUCAGUUGAAGGUUUUCUGGACAAGAACAAGGAUCCACUUUUCCAGGAUUUUAAGCGACUCAUGUACAACAGUGCUGACCCUGUCCUAAAGGAAAUGUGGCCUGAUGGGAAAUUGAGUAUUACUGAGGUCACCAAGCGCCCACUGACUGCAGCAACACUCUUCAAGAACUCAAUCAUCGCUCUUGUUGACAGACUGGCUUGCAAGGAGCCGUAUUAUGUGCGUUGCAUCAAACCCAAUGAGGUGAAGUCGCCCAUGCUGUUUGACGAUGCCCGUUGUCAACACCAGGUGGCGUACCUGGGCCUGCUGGAGAAUGUUAGGGUGCGGAGGGCUGGUUUUGCCUACAGACAGCCUUAUGCCCGCUUCCUGCAGAGGUAUAAGAUGACCUGUGAGUACACCUGGCCCAACCAUCUGAUGGCCUCAGACCGCGAGGCAGUGGAGGCUAUUGUAGUUCAGCAUGGUUUUGAAGGGGAUGUGGCGUACGGUCACACUAAGCUGUUUGUGAGGACACCUCGCUCCCUCUUCACCCUAGAGCAGGAGAGAGCUGCACUCAUUCCUAUUCUAGUCCUCUUCCUGCAGAAGGUAUGGCGCGGAGCUCUGGCCCGCAUGCGCUGUCGCAAGAUGAGGGCUAUCUACACCAUAAUGGGCUGUUACAAGAGAUAUAAAGUCAAAGCUCAUUUCUGGGAGGUGGAGCGCCGUUUUGCCAGCGUGCGAAACAUGGCCGACUACGGCAAGAGCGUAGAAUGGCCGACCCCACCCGCUACCCUCGUACAGUUCCACCGAAUCACGCAGCACCUCCACCGCCGGUGGAGGGCCAGGCAGAUCAUUAAGAACAUCCCUCCAUCAGAUAUGCCAGAAGUACGGGCGAAGGUGGCAGCUAUGGAGGCUCUGAGGGGGGAGAGGCCGGACUGGGGCUGUGGCCGUCUCUGGGAAAGGGACUACCUGUCUAAUGCGAGAGAUUCUCCUUUGACCAGUACCAACUUUGUGAAAAUCACCAAAGAUCUUAAAAACAAAGACCAGUACAACCAAAUCCUCUUCUCUGGAUCUGUCAGAAUGUUGAACUGGUUCAAUAAUACAAAAGACCGAGCCUUGCUUAUCACAGACAAACACAUCUACCGUCUGGAACCAAAGAAGCACUUCAAAGUCCAGAAACGAAUAAAUAUAGAGACCGUGGUGGGGUUGAGUGUGACCAGUGGCAGUGACCAGCUGGUGGCGCUACACACUGCUUCCCAAGAUGACAUUCUGGUCCACCUGCAAAAGGGGCAGCUCUGCCCCAACCAGGACCGCGUUGGGGAGUUUGUAGGAACCCUCUGUGACCAUUUUAAACGGUAA